GAAAAUUUCGCAUCAAGCAAGCACCGAAGACGAGAGCCCGCCAAAUCCAAUCAGUCGAGUCGAAGAAGUAUCAUUGCCCAAUAUGCGGCGUGUCUUGCCGCGAUGCGGCUUCGUUCGCCAUUCACAAUGCCACCCCAAGACACGUUGAGAUGGUUGAGCGCGGAGGGAAGAAGGGGGACUGGAAUUGUGAAGCCUGCAAAGUCACUUUUCCAUACAAGUCCGCUCUCAAGGCACACGAAAAGUCCAAGGGCCACAUCGAAAGGACUAAGCCAAAGUCAAAGCAGCUGAGCAAUUGGUUGAAGACUUCAGUGUGAAUUGGGUUUACUGAGAUGGAUAUGUAGUAGGCUUUUGGGAACAUGAUAGUAGUGUGACAUACUUAGAACUCUGGCACCACUGCAGC